AAGGCGGCGCGCGCCACCCGGAAGUCUCGCGAGAGCCAGCGGAGGCUGCCCUUGGUGGCGCGGAGCCGGAGGGGUCCUCCGUGCGGGAAGGGGGGUGCGCGGCCAUGGCGCGAAGGCUUUUUCAACAGUACAGUGACAUCCCCGAAGGCACCGAGUGCCACCGCAAAGCCUACGUCAGCACCGCUAUCGGCGGCGCCGUCGGCCUGACCGUCUCUGCUUACAGUGUCGCACUCAACCCCGCGGACUCCAUCCUCGAGGGAGUGGCCAGGGUGGGACGAUACACGUUUACUGCAGGGCUACCUCAGCUCCCUCCAGUAUCCACGGGGAAAGAGGAUGAUCCUUCAUGGGGGACACACACCAGGAGACCAGCUCCGGGGCUGGGAGCAGGAUGCCCAGAAGGGCAGCAGCUAGCUGACUGGUGGCGUCUCUCUCCAUCCAAACUGGACGCUUCGGCCCCCUCUGGCACCGCCAUCGGAGCCAUGUUUGGCCUCACAUCCUGCAUCAGCGCCCAGGUCCGUGAGAAGCCCGAUGACCCCCUGAAUUAUUUCAUUGGUGGCUGCGCCGGAGGACUGACGCUAGGAGCACGCACUCACAGCUACGGGAUCGCCGCCAGCAGCUGCGUGUACAUGGGCGCCGCUGCCGCCUUGUUCAAGAUGGGCCAGCUGGAGGGCUGGGACGUGUUCGCGAAACCCAAGAUGUGAGCCCUGCCUUCCGCCGGGAUCUCAGCAGGCCGAAAUGCAUCUGGAAAUAAAUUCUGUGUCUGUGUGUGUGUAA